AUGUUGACUGCAGCUGCGAAUUCGUUAUCGAAUAAUGGGGGUUCGUACAGUAAUGACAGACCUUCGAGUGCAGGUGAACCCGAAUUAGCUGCUGAUCCUGCAUCGGGGGGUUUCUUUCAUUCAGACUAUAAAAAGCAUGAAGACUUAAAACAGAUGUUAGAUAGUAAUAAGGAUGGCCUCAAGUUGGAAGCGAUGAAACGCAUAAUUGGGAUGGUGGCAAAAGGAAGAGACGCUUCUGAUCUUUUUCCAGCUGUAGUUAAAAAUGUUGUAUCAAAAAAUAUUGAGGUUAAAAAAUUAGUUUAUGUGUACUUAGUACGCUAUGCGGAGGAUCAACAAGACCUUGCCCUUUUAUCAAUUUCCACAUUUCAAAGAGCUUUGAAGGAUCCAAAUCAGCUGAUAAGAGCCAGUGCACUGAGAGUACUCUCUAGUAUACGAGUAUCAAUGAUAGUUCCAAUUGUUAUGCUUGCCAUUAAAGACUCGGCUAGUGACAUGUCUCCGUAUGUUAGGAAGACUGCGGCUCACGCGAUUCCUAAACUGUACUCUUUGGAUCCAGAUCAAAAAGAGGAGUUAAUAGCUGUUUUGGAGAAACUAUUGUCGGAUAAGACAACUCUUGUCGUGGGAUCGGCAGUAAUGGCUUUUGAAGAAGUUUGCCCUGAGAGAAUAGACCUUAUACAUAAGAAUUACAGAAAAUUGUGCAAUUUAUUGGUUGAUGUUGACGAAUGGGGACAGGUUGUUAUCGUAAACAUGUUAACAAGAUAUGCUAGAACUCAAUUUACUGACCCUAAUAUCAAUGAUGUUCCUGAAGAUGAUAAUCGUCCCUUCUAUGAAUCGGAUUCCGAUUCAUCGGUUAUGAAAGUACCUAAGUCUACAUUAGACCCUGAUCACCGUUUACUGUUACGAAAUACGAAACCUCUUUUGCAAAGCAGAAAUGCAUCCGUAGUUAUGGCUGUAGCUCAACUGUACCAUCAUGCAGCACCUCAAAACGAAGUCAUGAUCGCUGCUAAAGCUCUAAUAAGAUUGUUAAGAGGACAUCGAGAAGUGCAAAGUAUUGUUUUGCAUUGCAUUGCCAGCAUAUCAAUUACGAGAAAGGGGAUGUUUGAACCUUUCCUUAAGUCUUUCUUUGUUAGAACUUCUGACCCAACUCACAUAAAGUUACUGAAAUUAGACAUCUUAACUAAUUUGGCUACCGAAACAAGUAUUGGUGUAAUACUGCGAGAAUUUCAAACUUACAUCUCGAGUAGUGACAAAGAAUUUGUGGGUGCAAGUAUCCAAGCUAUUGGAAGAUGUGCCAGCAAUAUAAAAGAAGUAACAGAUACUUGUCUUAGUGGAUUAGUUUCAUUGCUGAGUAAUAGAGACGAGGCCAUUGUAGCAGAAAGUGUAGUCGUCAUAAAGAAACUACUGCAAACUCAACCGAAUGAACAUAAAGACAUAAUAGCUCACAUGGCAAAAUUAAUGGAUUUUAUAACCGUACCACAAGCCAGAGCUUCUAUACUAUGGCUGUUAGGAGAAUACUCCGACCGGGUACCGAAGAUUGCGCCAGACGUGCUCAGAAAAAUGGCUAAGAGUUUUACAAAUGAGCAGGAUAUCGUGAAACUGCAAACUUUGAACUUAGCUGUGAAAUUAUGCUUGAACAAUCCUGCACAAACCAAACUAUUCUGUCAGUACGUUUUUCAGCUUGCUAAGUACGACCAAAAUUAUGACAUCAGAGACAGAGCUCGCUUUUUGAAGCAUUUCAUUUUUGACGACGAAGAAGGGCCUAGUAAAAAGCUAACGCAGCUUGCAAAGAAAGUUUUCCUCGCUCCCAAGCCAGCUCCGACACUGACAUCCAAAUUCACAGAUUCUCAAUUUCAACUGGGCACAUUGUCACAUUAUCUUAACAUGCCUUGUGCGGGUUAUCGACCGUUACCUUCGUUUCCUGAGGUUCCUCCAGAUCCAUUCCUUAGGGAUGUUGCAGAGCCUCUGCCUUUUGUAAAAAGUGAGAAGCACGGCAAGAAAGAAAAGCGAGAAAAAAAGAAUAAAGUGAAGGAAAAGGUUAUUUACAGUGAAGAAGAAAGCACGGCUGCUGAAGAAUCCAAUGCAGAAGAAGAAAGUACUGAAAGUUCAUCGAGCCAAUCAUCUGAGAACAGUGACUCAUCUGAGUAUUCUGAAUCAGAAUCAGGGAAGUCAGAUAACGAAGGUGGACAAAAGAGUUCAGGAAGCAAGUCGGAAGAUUCUGAGAGUGAGACGGGUAGCCAAAGGUCCGACGAGGAAGACUCAAGCUCAGAGGAGAACGAUAAUGAGAUUAAACAAACUGCAAAAGAAAAGACUACUAAGAAAGAAAAUGUGGAAAAACCUAAGAGUAACCUUGAUUUACUGUUGGAUUUAGAUGACAUAAUGCCCAUGACACCUGUCAUGACUCCAAGCUUCGGAGGUUUCCUUACUCCGAUGAAUCCAACUGUCUCAAAUGAAACUAGAGAGGUUGCAACAUCUUUUGUACCAAUUAAGAAGUCUGAAUUAUUAAAUAAAAUUAGUGGAAAAGGUUUAAAAGUUGAAUUCAGGUUCAUGCGAUCACAGCAUUUAGUUAGUUCAGUUAUGGUUUCAAUAGAAUUAACAUUUACAAACGAAGGCACUGAAACUAUUCAAGAUAUUCACAUUGGGAGUAAGAACUUACCAUCUGGAAUGCUAAUCCAUGACUUUUCACCUAUAUCUAUUUUGCUGCCAAAUGCAACCUUGUCGUCCACUUUGGGUGUCAAUUUUAAUGAUUCUACACAGCCCGCGCCUUUUAGUAUUGACUUCACCAUAAACGAAGACAAAUACUCUCGAUCUGUCAGUAUAAGUGCACCUAUUGGUGAAAUAGUGAGGUCGGUUCUCCUACCUGAAAGUACAUUUAUAUCUGAAAAAGCAAAAUUAAAGGGCAUGAAUGAACACACCAUGAAAGUGGCUUUCUCAGGGAACAGAAAGAUCAUUUCUCAAAAGAUUUUUGAAGCUGCAAACGUUGCUGUAAUAUCCAGUGAAGACGAUAUAAUCAGAUUUGCAGCACACACAUUGGCUUCAAAAUCAUUAGUUUUAAUAACUGUAAAGAUUCUGGAAAAUAAUGAUUUGGAAGUAUGUGUGAAUUGUGAAAAAAUGGUCGUAGGUUCUAUGUUGCUGAAUGAGUUGAAAAGUAACCUGAAAUGAGCCUCAUUUCUUAAGAGACUUACAUGAUCGUACGUAUUUGACCAGACGCUCAAGUUUUCCUCAAUCGUCCCAAUUAUCACCAAGAACACUCGUAUCUCAUUCCACUUUACGACUAUAAAGUGUACAUUUGCGGAUAUACAUAUAUAUACAUAUAUAUACAUAUACACAUAUAAAUAUUUUAUUCAAAUAUUACC